GAGGCUGGGUGACCUCCUGUCCAGGAUUGCUCUCAUCUUAUGAGUCCAAGUUUUCAUCUUAUGUAUUUUUUUUCUCCUGAGAAUAGGCCAACCAAUCAAUGGCUCAGACAGAUAAGCCAACAUGCAUCCCGCCGGAGCUGCCGAAGAUGCUGAAGGAGUUUGCCAAAGCCGCCAUUCGGGCGCAGCCGCAGGACCUCAUCCAGUGGGGGGCCGAUUAUUUUGAGGCCCUGUCCCGUGGAGAGACGCCUCCAGUGAGAGAGCGGUCUGAGCGAGUUGCUUUGUGUAACUGGGCAGAGCUAACACCUGAGCUGUUAAAGCUCCUGCAUUCUCAGGUUGCUGGGAGACUGAUCGUCCACGCAGAGGAGCUGGCCCAGAUGUGGAAAGUGGUGAAUCUUCCAACAGAUCUGUUUAAUAGUGUGAUGAAUGUGGGUCACUUCACGGAGGAGAUCGAGUGGCUGAAGUUUUUAGCCCUUGCUUGCAGCGCUCUUGGAGUUACUAUUACCAAAACUCUCAAGAUAGUGUGUGAGGUCUUAUCAUGUGACCAUAAUGGUGGGUUGCCCCGGAUCCCGUUCAGCACCUUCCAGUUUCUCUACACGUAUAUUGCCGAAGUGGAUGGAGAGAUCUCUGCAUCACACGUCAGCAGGAUGCUAAACUACAUUGAACGGGAAGUAAUUGGGCCUGAUGGUUUAAUCACGGUGAAUGACUUUACCCAAAACCCCAGGGUUCAACUGGAGUAAAAGCACAAUUUUGGCAAUUUUAAAGGAAGAUACAGAGAUGAUUGUACUUCAGAAUGACUGAAUCCCAUAUACCACCCAAAAUC